AUGAUCGUCAUCGUCUGGGACAACGAGAUGUGGGGGCAGACCGGCGCGCAGCCCACGCACACCGCCUACCCUUAUCGGCAGCAACCACCCUCGAACAGGUUGGACUCAGCUUCCUACAUUCCCAGGACCGCCACCGUAGAUGACGAAGAAGCCCUUGCCACCGUCUUCCGACAGGCAAUGAACGAAGACGGCCCCUGGCUCAUCGUCGCCAAAAUAGAAGAGGAAGGCUACCUGCCCACAGCCCCCGCGAGCCGGAGAUGA